AUGGCUACUGGAUUUACUCCAUUUCCGAAGUUUGAUGUCUCAGAUCAAAGUUCAAUAGGACAGCGUUGGAAAAAAUGGAUCCAACGUUUUGAAAAUUUCGUCCUUGCUAUGGGAAUUACCAGGAAUGAUCGCAAAAGGGCAAUGCUCUUACACUAUGGAGGAGAUGAAGUUUACAAUAUUUUCGAUACUCUUGCGGACACAGGAGGGCCAAAUGACUAUGAUGCAGCAAAAACAAAACUGACGAAGCACUUCAACCCAAAGAAGAACCUUGAAUUCGAAAUAUACAAAUUCAGGCAAGCUAAACAACAAUCAGGUGAAAUAAUGGAUUCCUAUCACACAAGACUACGACAGUUGGCGGAAAACUGUGAGUUCGAAGAUGUAGAUAGGGAAAUAAAAUCACAAGUUAUUCAAGGAUGUGAGUCAAGUCGUCUGAGACGCAAAGCCUUACGUGAACCUGACCUAACGCUCCAACAAAUCUUAGAUUCAGCGAGAGCUAUGGAAGUCUCACAACUCCAAGCCUCCGGUAUGGAAGACCAUAAGAGUCAAGAUGUACAUCUAAAUGCUGCAAACAGGAGAGAGAAUUCGUCUAAACAAAGGAAACAAAAAGAACCAACAAGUAAGUGUCGCAAUUGUGGAAAGGAAUGGCCACAUAAAGAUAGACCGUGCCCAGCAAAAGACAAAGCUUGUAACAAAUGCAAGAAAAUCGGAUAUUUUGCAAAGCAGUGUAGGUCUGGCCAGAAACAGGAUACAAGAAAUUUCAACCGCACACCCAAAUCAAAGAAACCUGGUAUAAACAAUUUGGAUAAUGACAGUAGUGAUGAAGAAUAUGCUUUUGGAUUACAACUUAAUGCAACAAAAUCUUUGCCUAUAGCAAAUGUCAAGAUAAAUGGGAUUAAAGUUGACAUGCUGGUGGAUUCCGGAGCAAGUGUUACUGUCAUGGAUGAGUCGACGUUUGAAAGAGUAAGUCGCAAGAAACCAAUUAAAUUGUCAAAAUCAAAUGCCAAAGUUCAUGCUUACGGAACGAGAGCGGCGUUACCAAUAAGAGGUAAAUUUCGAGCUGAAAUAGAAUCUAAACUCAGGAUUAUCGACACUGAAAUUCUUGUGGUGAAAAGUGCAAGUGGAUGUUUACUUAGCUGCGCUGACGCACAAAAGCUUGGACUCAUUUCGAUUACGAUAAAUGCUGUUGACCAAAUUGAAUGUACUGACCAACCCAGUAUACUAACAAAAUUUGCUGAUCGAUUUGAGGGGAUAGGAAAGCUGAAAGACUUUCAAGUGAAACUUCACAUUGACGAAACAGUGAAGCCCGUUGCGCAACCACAUCGCAGAAUUCCGUUUCACCGACGAAAGAAAUUAGAACAAGAGCUUAAGACACUGGAAGAAAUGGACAUCAUAGAAAAAGUUGAUGGACCGACUCCGUGGGUGUCACCAAUUCUGGUAGCUCCAAAACCAAAAAAAUCCUGA